GUUGCCCGGGAGGUCCCUAAAGAGGCCUGGACAUUGGUCAUCGGAGAGGGGGUCCUCGAGGCUCCCUGCCCCGCACCCACCCGCGGCCGAGCACCAGCGCUUCGGUCCGGCCCGCAGGGGAGGCGGCUUUUCUAGACAGGCAGCGCCUUGGCCACCUGGCAGGGCUGGGUCGCCUAGCAACGGCGGGGUCCUUCCUGGCUCUGGGGCGCUCCGGGUCUGAGGGGAGAAAACCGCCGCGGAGGGCGCUGGGGGCCGGCGGCCACGGGGCGGGAGGCGGCCACGGGGCGGCGACGCGGCCUUGGCGAGCCCGGGGAUCCGGCCUCUGCGUCUGAGGGGAGAUGGACAAGGCCCGGGUGAGGCCCGCGGCGGACGGGCCUGCGCCGCCCGAGGAGGAGGAGAGCGAGGGGGGCGGCGAGGCGGGCGGGAAGGAGCCGGCGGUGGACGCGGCCCCCGGGCCCAGCGCGGCGUUCCGCCUCCUGGUGACUCGGCGCGAGCCGGCCGUGAAGCUGCAGUAUGCAGUGAGCGGCCUGGAGCCGCUGGCCUGGUCCGAGGACCACCGCGUGUCCGUGUCCACUGCCCGCAGCGUCGCUGUGCUGGAGCUCAUCUGCGACGUGCACAACCCGGGCCAGGACCUGGUCAUCCACCGCACCUCGGUGCCCGCGCCCCUCAACAGCUGUCUCCUCAAAGUUGGCUCAAAAACAGAAGUUGCUGAGUGUAAGGAGAAAUUUGCCACCUCUAAAGACCCCACAGUCAGUCAGACUUUCAUGUUGGAUAGGGUUUUCAACCCUGAGGGGAAGGCUUUGCCUCCGCUGAGAGGAUUCAAGUACACUAGCUGGUCCCCCAUGGGUUGUGAUGCUAACGGCCGGUGCCUCCUGGCAGCGCUGACCAUGGACAAUCGCCUGACCAUUCAGGCUAACCUCAACAGACUGCAGUGGGUCCAGCUGGUCGAUCUAACUGAGAUUUACGGAGAACGUCUUUAUGAGACCAGUUACAGGCUCUCUAAAAAUGAGGCCCCGGAAGGAAAUCUUGGGGAUUUUGCUGAGUUUCAGAGAAGACACAGCAUGCAGACACCAGUCAGGAUGGAGUGGUCGGGCAUCUGUACUACGCAGCAAGUCAAGCAUAACAACGAGUGCCGGGACGUGGGCAGCGUGCUUUUGGCAGUCCUGUUUGAAAACGGUAACAUUGCUGUGUGGCAGUUUCAGCUACCGUUUGUAGGAAAGGAAUCCAUCUCUUCGUGCAACACAAUUGAGUCAGGAAUCAACUCUCCUAGUGUUUUAUUUUGGUGGGAAUAUGAGCACAACAAUCGGAAAAUGAGUGGCCUUAUUGUGGGGAGUGCUUUUGGACCUGUAAAAAUUCUUCCUGUCAAUCUCAAAGCAGUUAAAGGCUAUUUCACUUUAAGGCAGCCUGUUGUCUUAUGGAAAGAAAUGGACCAGUUGCCAGUGCACAGCAUCAAAUGUGUACCACUUUAUCACCCUUACCAGAAGUGUAGUUGUAGCUUAGUGGUGGCUGCAAGAGGGUCCUAUGUGUUUUGGUGUCUUCUUCUGAUCUCCAAAGCAGGUCUGAACGUUCACAAUUCCCACGUCACAGGCCUUCACUCACUGCCAAUUGUCUCCAUGACUGCAGACAAGCAGAAUGGAACCGUCUAUACUUGUUCCAGUGAUGGGAAAGUGAGGCAGCUGAUUCCCAUUUUCACAGAUGUUGCAUUAAAGUUUGAACAUCAGUUGAUUAAACUCUCAGAUGUGUUUGGCUCGGUGAGGACACACGGGAUAGCAGUGAGCCCCUGUGGUGCGUAUCUGGCCGUCAUUACGACUGAGGGCAUGGUCAACGGCCUCCAUCCUGUGAACAAAAACUACCAGGUCCAGUUUGUUACUCUCAAAACCUUUGAAGAGGCAGCUGCUCAGCUCCUGGAGUCUUCCGUUCAAAAUCUCUUUAAGCAGGUAGAUUUAAUAGACCUAGUACGCUGGAAGAUUUUAAAAGAUAAACAUAUCCCUCAGUUUUUACAAGAAGCUUUGGAAAAAAAGAUUGAAAGCAGUGGGGCCACUUAUUUUUGGCGUUUCAAACUUUUCCUCUUGAGGAUUUUGUAUCAGUCAAUGCAGAAAACCCCUUCAGAAGCCUUAUGUAAACCCACCCAUGAGGACUCAAAAAUCUUACUAGUUGACUCACCUGGGAUGGGCAAUACUGAGGAUGAACAGCAGGAAGAAGGCACUUCUUCCAAACAGGUGACUAAGCAAGGCCUUCAGGAGAGGAGCAAGGAAGGUGAUCCAGAGGACCCCACAGAUGACUCACUUACCCAGUCUGGAGAUGUUGGAGGCCGUGAGCCAAUGGAAGAGAAACUCCUUGAAAUCCAAGGGAAAAUUGAAGCCGUGGAAAUGCACUUGACCAGAGAGCACAUGAAGCGAGUCUUAGGAGAAGUGUACCUGCACACCUGGAUCACAGAAAACACUAGCAUCCCCACCAGGGGACUCUGUAACUUUUUAAUGUCUGAUGAAGAGUAUGAUGACAGAACAGCACGGGUGCUGAUUGGACACAUCUCAAAGAAGAUGAACAAACAGACUUUCCCUGAGCACUGUAGUUUGUGUAAAGAGAUCUUGCCAUUCACAGAUCGCAAACAGGCAGUCUGUUCCAAUGGCCACAUUUGGCUCCGGUGCUUUCUAACCUACCAGUCCUGCCAGAGUUUGAUAUACAGAAGGUGUUUGCUCCACGACAGCAUUGCCCGCCAUCCAGCUCCAGAAGAUCCGGACUGGAUUAAGAGGUUACUGCAAAGCCCCUGCCCUUUCUGCGAUUCUCCUGUCUUCUAAAUGUCAGCAGUGGGAAGAUAGAAGGGGCAUGUACUCUGCUAUAGAAAGUGCCCUCUAGCCUGAAGAGCUAGGGUGCGCUGGAGUAAGCCUGGCCUUCCCAAGCGGAGAGGUGCUCUUCAUGAUUGUAAAUAGUGCCCUGGGAACUCAUUUCUGAAGUGCAUUCUCCAUCUCCAGGGGCUAAAGGAUAUCUUUAAAAUGACUGAAUGCAGAGAUUUUAGGUCAUUUUGAGAUGAACGUUAGUCCCCACUCCUUACUCAAUGAGGAACACUUAUUUUUCAAGUGUCUUGACUGAAGCAGUUUGAACAAAAAGAAUGCCCUGUCAUUUUUAGGAACAGAAUGAUCUCUUCCAGGGAGUUUGGAUAAGGGCCUUGCCGGGCUGAGUUAGACUUUAAUCCUAGCCUUGGUCUGGAACUGCCUUGUGGUUCCAGAGAGCUUAAAUUACCUGGUACGUGGAGGUCAGUAUACCAACAGAUAUUAAAAGUGUCUAAAAG